AUGAGACCGUUAAAAUCGACCGAUGCGGAUAAAAAUAUCGAAAAGCGACGGUUGGUGGACGAAUUGCGCGCACCAACAAGAAGAAAUUUUCCCCGCAGACACGUCAUAGUGCGAGGGUAUGACGAUCUGUGGCAGGCUGACAUCGUCGAGAUGUGUCCGUACUCGCGUUUCAACGGAGGCUACCACUACAUACUCACCGUCAUCGAUGUCAAGUACGCGUGGGCCGUGCCGCUCAAAGGUAAAGGCGGCAGCGAGACAGCCGACGCUAUCGCUGAGAUAAUUCGACGCAGCGGGAGGUGCCCUAAUAAUCUACAAACCGACAUGGGGAAGGAAUUUUACAACACCGACGAGCAACGUCUUGUGAGAAAACACGACAUCAAUCAUUAUUCCACGUAUUCGGUGUUGAAGGUCGUCGAGCGAUUCAAUCGUACGUUAAAGAACAACAUGUGGAAGAUGUUUACGCUCAACGGAAAUUACAAGUGGGUCGACGCGUUGCCGCGACUCGUGUCGGAUUACAACGCGCGCAAGCAUUGA